AUUCACCAUUCAAGGUCGACGACAUCACAUGACCAUCACCAAAAUGCACUGAAAUCUACUGAAGUUCACUUUCCACCUGUUUCAGCCGGAGUAAUACCUGUAUUGUUUUGCUUGCCAAGUGAACACAGUCUCCCAGACAAGCCAUUGAAUAAGAUGUACAAAUUGCUCCUAGCUGACUAUACAUUCGGCACGCAAGGAUUUUAGUGUCCCUGUAGAUUUCAUUGCGUUCACUGAUACACUUAAAAUCAAUAUCUGAGAGAGCCCGAAUAUAGAAAAAACUGUCGUCAGAGUCUUUCUCAACCGCCUAGCAGCUUGCAGCCCGUACUGUAACACAGUAGCUAUACAAUUAUAGGACAGACGGUCUCACGCAACAUUGUUAAUGUGUGGCUGGUAUAAUACAUUGUGGCUUCUGGUAGAAUCUAUACAGAUUUAUACUGGUAUUUCAGAGUUAACAAAUGCAGUGUGAGUAUUUUUAGAAAAUGUGAAUAUGACAAAUAAGUGAAUUUAAAGAAACAGAGAUAAAACAGAGAAAAGAAAUGGAAGGGGACAGAACUCCAGCUAAAGAUCAGAAGGGAGAAAACUCCUUCAUACUGGCAAGGAGUCAGUCCGAGGCCUCGGAGAUGAGUUAUACCAGUAUGGGUAGUGACACCAAACAGCUGGUAGAACUGGAAAGGAAGGACGAUAUUCUCCGCGGAGGCAUUCCCAUGACGAGCUUCAACUUCAUCAACUCCAUCAUUGGAUCCGGAAUUAUUGGUAUACCAUAUGCUCUAAAACAAGCUGGAUUUGGUUUGGGCAUUAUACUGUUAAUCCUAACAGCAAUAAUUAAUGAUUACUCAAUUUUAUAUUUGGUGGAAGCUGGCAGAUUAUCCAAUACAGACAGCUACCAGGAUAUGAUACUUGUUGCAUAUGGACGUCCUGGAUUCUAUUUAUUAACAUUACUACAAUUCCUUUAUCCUCUAAUAGCCAUGAUAAGUUAUAACGUCAUUAUAGGAGAUACCGUUACAAAGAUUAUCCUCCGAAUCGGCCAGGCAGCUAACCUUGGGGGAACUGUGCUGGGAAGUCGACAUUUCAUCAUAUUCCUAGCAACAUUGAUGGUCACACUGCCCUUAUCCUUGUACAGGAAUAUAGCCCAGCUCAGUAAGUGGGCGUUCCUGUCUAUCAUCUUAGUCUUUUUUAUUCUGGUGACAAUUUGUAUAAAAACUGGAGAGUUUGUCCGUGAAAUACCAGCAACAAAUGAUGCAUGGUAUUUUGCUAAUUAUAAUAUAGCACAGGCAAUUGGAAUAAUGGCUUUUGCCUACAUGUGCCAUCAUAACACUUUCCUGAUUCACGGUUCACUGGAGAAUCCCACUCAUCAGCGCUGGAGCAUGGUGACUCAUCUCAGCAUUGGUUUCUCUAUGACCCUCAUGUUGAUACUGGGAAUUCUGGGAUACGUGUCCUUUACAGGUCACACACAAGGUGACCUCCUAGAAAACUAUUGUCAUGAGGAUGAUCUGAUGAAUGUGGCCAGAUUCAUGUUUGCUUUUAGUAUUAUGCUGACAUAUCCUAUUGAAUGUUUUGUUACAAGGGAGGUUGUAGAGAAUGCUUUUUUCCCCUCCAAGGAUCCAUCCCCGACAUGGCGUCACAUCGCUGUUACUAUCGUGGUUGUCAUAAUAACAGUUGGGGUGUCCAUGACAACGGACUGUCUUGGAAUUGUUUUGACCUUUAAUGGAGUAAUGGUUGCCUCCCCUUUAGCCUUCAUUAUUCCCCCUAUAUGUAUGAUGAAAUUAAGCCAGGAGCCCAUUUUAUCCAAAAAGAACAUUAUCCCUAUCCUCAUUGCAACAUUUGGAACACUUGUAACAGUAUUUGGCAUUAUUGUAGCCAUUAUAAAUAUAACCGCAGGAAUGUCUUGCAGCCAUGGAAAGGAGAUGCCCUACUGUGCAGAUGUUGACGCUGUAACCAAUGGGUCCACCACUCAGACCAUUCCAUUCACAACUAUCAGUUCUACUCCAAUUGGCUAACUAUAAAUUAUGGUGCUUCAGUAUCCCAUUUACUACUAUGAGCUCAAUCUGAUUGGCUGAAUAGUUACUGUUCUUCAUUAGAGUUAUUCAAUCAUUGAAUCUCGUUGAAAUGUUUAAUUUUGAUAGUUUUCAGUGCAUUUCCCUAUUCUUUGCUUUAAGCUAAAGGACAUGUGCAUCGUACCUUACCCACUGAUAAUUUUUUAACAUACUCUUAAUUUAAGAUUAUAGCCCUAGUAUAAUCAGAUGUUUGUAAACCAAACAAAAAAAGUUUGCAUUACCAUGGGUUUUGAAAAGGUGUCAAUUAAUGAAAACUCUUGUAUAAUAAAAGAAUGAACAAAUAUUACUAAACAUGUAUUCUAAAAUAUCUUUUUUACAUAAACUUAUGUUUUGAAGAAUUGUACAGCAGCAUAUAUAUACAUAAAAAUAUAGAACACUUUGUUUAAGUAUUGGAACUCCAGGGUAAAAGACAAUAAAGUUUGAACUAAAUGUAUAAUGCAAAUGUCCUUUAUUCAUAUUUAACAAGUUGUCAUAUUUCUUGAGUAGAAUUUUGAGAAAAGUAAGUAUUUAUGCUUCAGUAAGUAUAUUACAGCAUAAGACAUUUUCUGUUAAGAAUUACCUUUGUUUAAUGAUCCCUUGAUGUGAACAAACAUUAUUGUUAACAUCCAUUGUGAAUCCUCAUGUAUGCCUGUUCUGUCAUUACAUUUUGAUAAAGUAAUGUUCAUAUCAUUUCAUAUGAAAACCAUGUUCAUAAUUCAUAUAUUUAUUUCAAUUUUAAUGUUACGAACUUGUUGUAAAGGGUCUCUCAAGCUUUGUCAUAUAUAUACUUUUACCUUUACUUAAAUACAUGAAUCUGAAAACAGUGCAUUUACUGUCAAUGUAUACAUCUAUUUUCCUACCUUGUGUAAUAUUUAAAAAAAUGUUUAUAUUUUUUGCUUUUCAUUUGUAUAAAAAGAUAUGUUAUGGUGCCGGUUUAUUUCCUAUCACUGAAGUCCCAAACCUACUUCUUUGCUCUUUUUGCUUUGAUUCCUUUUCCUUAAAAAUGCUAUUACAUCUUUUAGGCUAUCAGAAUUUGGUUGAUUAUUUGCUUUCUUUUUUGGCCAAGUUCCCUGUUUACCCUAUACCCUAUCUAUGUUCCUUUGUUGUGCAACCAAAUCUUUGUUUCUACCAUGUUCACCCAAUUAUAUGUUCAUUCCUUAUAUAUUCCGCUUUUUCUGUUACUACCCUAUUCACUCCAUAUAUUCUCUGUUCCUUUCCUACAACCAUAUCCAUUUUUUAACAAGUCCACAAAGUUCCUACUCUUGAUGUUCUUUUUUUAGUUUUCCUAAUUCUCUGUUCCUUUCCUGUUCACACUACUCUUUAUGCAUUUCUUGCUUAUCCAAUUCAUUUUCUAUUCUUUCACGGUUCUUUUCAGCCCUACUCUGCAUGUUUCCUCCCAGUCGCUCCUUUCCUACUCUGCGUUUUCUUUCUUUGUCACUUCAAGUUCUACUAUUUAUGUUCCUUUCCCGUCCACCCAAUUCUUUUCCCAAUUUUUCUACUCUAUACACAACCUCCUACAUAUUCUCCUGUCAACAGUCUAGGUCUUGUAUGAAUUCGACCAUUUUAAACAUUGUGCAUGUACAUCUUAUUAAGUUUUACCCGAGGGCUUUCAUUUAAUCAUUUUCAUUAUCAAUCAUGCUUUUUUUCUGCUUUACUGGUAAGGAUUUAAUCUAUUAAUCAAAGAUUGAUGUAAUAUAUUGAUGUACAUGAAAAAUGAUAAUUUGACAGUACCUGCUGAUUCGAAAUAAAUGUUUUGCAUUUUCGUC